AUGUGCUCCGCCGACAUCUACACGGACGUCUUCCCUGACGGCCGGACAAAGGAGUACCAGGAGCCCAGCUACUGUACCACGGCGUCCCGCAGCGGCCGUCUCUGCGCCAACCCCGUCAUCUACAACCACCCGCCGCGGUCCGUGUCUUAUCCCUCGCCGAUGCCCGCCUAUCCCAUUGCCGGACCCUCCUACCCGUUCCCGCAGCAGAUGCCGCCCACCCCUCCGAUGAGCUCGCCUCGUGGCACUUCUGCGGGCACCGACGCAGACCGCAUCCGCCGUGACUCAUCCUCCAGCGAGCGUCGACGCCGCCAGUCGGGCGUCUACGUCAACGGACAGAAGGUCCUAGAUCUCAACCGCAAGAGCCGCACCCGCGCCGAGCGCAUCGUCAUCGUCGACUCCCCGCCCACGCCUCGCACGCCUCCCAAGCAGUUCUCAUCGCCCUACACGGCGCCGCCCUCACCCAACGCCGGUGGCGACAGCUCCCACUUCCGCUACAACCAUGUCCCGCGCGACUCCCUCCGCCCCAUCAUUGUCGACGAACGCCCACCGCGGUCCAAGGUGGAGAUCGAGGUUGUCGACAGCGGCCACCACCGACACAACUCUUCCGACUCGCGGUACAGCCACGCCAGCGCCAAUGCCGGCGACGAGGAGCGCCGGCGCCGGCGUCGCGAGAGGGAGCUCGAGAGGGAGCGCAAGGAACGCGAGGAGCGCGAGCGCCAGAAGGCGGAGGAGCGUCAACAGCGCAUCCGCGAAAGGAUCGCCGCGCAGAAUGCCGACAUCUCCCGCCGCACCGCCGUCCCCUUAAAGCGCACAUCCACAGGCUUCGGCCCUUCCCUGGCCGACCAGCAGCGCGAACAGGAACUCGUCGACGCCGUGCGCCGGUUGGAGAUUGCCGACCGCCGAGCACGGGAGGCCCGCGAGGCCCGUGAGCGUGAGGAGGAGGACGAGGCCCAGCGUCACCGGUUGAUGGAGCGGAUGAUGCCUCGGCGCCGGGCAACUGUGGGACCGGGCAGUCGGAGGCACCGUGUGCUGUACGACGACGGCGUCUACCGGUGGGAGUAA